AUGUUCCGCAGCGCCGCCAUCGCCCUCCAGCGCGCCGCCGCCCUCGACGCCAAGCGCGCCUUCUCGUCCGCGCCGACGAUGCAUGGCACCACCAUCCUCUGCGUGCGCAAGGACGGCAAAGUGUGCGUCAUUGGCGACGGCCAAGUCUCGCUCGGCCACACGAUCGUCAAGCCCAAUGCGCAAAAGGUGCGCCGCAUCAACGAGAACGUCAUUGCGGGCUUUGCCGGCUCGACGGCCGACGCCUUCACGCUCAUUGAGCGCUUGGAGAGCAAGCUCGACGAGUACCCGGGCCAGCUCACGCGUGCGUGCGUCGAAUUGGCCAAGGCGUGGCGGACCGACAAAUACCUUCGCGCGCUCGAAGCGCUGCUCAUCGUCACGGACAACAAGCAGUCGUUCACAUUGACGGGCAACGGCGAUGUGCUCCAGCCCCAUGACGGCAUCAUUGGCAUUGGGUCGGGCGGCACAUACGCGCUCGCGGCCGCACGUGCGCUCAUCGACCAGCCGCACUUGUCGGCCGAAGACGUCGCCCGUCGCUCGAUGAAGAUCGCGGCCGACAUUUGCGUGUACACCAACCACAACGUCGUCGUCGAGGUCUUGGACGAGAACCCGGUCGACGAAGCCGCCAAGAAGUAA